GGUUGCAGUUAUGGCGGCUAUGAGGGAACUCUGGUGUCUACUUUUUAGGAUUUUUACAAUAUUUCUCAUAGUUCUCACGAUAUCGAAUGGAGUUAAAGGGCUAGAGUGUUACUGUCGUGAAAUGUGUCCUGAAGGUACGUUGAACAAUACAUGUUUCACAAAAGAAGGAGGAAAGUGUUUCAGUCAGAUACAAUUACAUGAACCCGGGGAAGACUACGACGGGGAGCCUAUAAGGACAUCUGGAUGUCUUCCACCCGAUGAAGGUGCUCUUAUGCAGUGUAAAACAUCUGAGCACAAAAUAAGACGUUCGAUGCUAUGUUGCGACGAUAGUAAUCUGUGUAACAUUGAUCUACAGCCAACAUUACCCCCACCAACCACCACAACCUCACCAUGGGAACCACAACCUAAUCAGGUGAAUGAAAGUGUACAGCACAUUGCUUGGUUUAUAUCAGUCCCGGUCUGUCUAAUCAUUCUUAUGAUUUGUGUGGGAUGCAUGUUGAGAUAUAAAAAACGAGAAGAUAGGCGCAGAUUUGCUUUGGAAGUCGCUGAAAAUGAAGAAACCUUUAUUAGUCCCGGUGAAACUUUGAAGGAUUUGAUUGAUCAGAGUUCAGGGAGUGGGUCAGGGCUCCCCUUACUGGUUCAAAGAACAAUCGCAAAGCAAAUUCAGAUGAUAUCGAGUAUAGGCAAAGGGAGGUACGGUGAGGUUUGGAAAUCAAGAUGGCGGGGAGAGUAUGUAGCUGUCAAAGUGUUCUUCACCACAGAAGAAUCUAGUUGGUUUAGAGAGACAGAGAUUUACCAGACUGUUCUUAUGAGACAUGACAAUAUUUUGGGUUUUAUAGCUGCUGACAUCAGAGGUACCGGUGGAUGGACGCAGUUAUUAUUAAUAACAGACUACCAUGAGAACGGAUCAUUGUAUGACUACCUCCAAUGUACAACCUUGAAUACAUCAGCUAUGGUCCAGUUAGCAUGUACUGCGGCUAGUGGACUUUCUCAUCUACACACAGAAAUAUUCGGUACACAAGGAAAACCAGCUAUAGCACACAGAGAUGUGAAAUCAAAAAAUAUAUUAGUUAAAAAAAAUGGGACAUGUGCGAUUGCUGACAUGGGACUGGCUGUGAGGUAUAACAGUGAAACAAAUGACAUUGAUAUUGCGCCAAAUACACGAGUUGGGACAAAACGAUACAUGCCACCAGAAGUGGUGAAUGAUUCCAUACAGUGGAAUCAUUUUGAAGCGUAUAAAAAUGCAGAUAUGUAUUCAUUUGGUCUUGUUUUGUGGGAGAUAGCCAGGAGGUGCUAUGUGGGAGGAAUUGCAGAGACUGCCGAAGUUCCAUUCUAUGAUAUGUUGCCUAAUGAUCCAAGCUUUGAUGAAGUUCGACGGGUGGUGUUCGUAGAAAGGAAACGACCGGCUAUUCCAAACAGGUGGCAUAGUAAUGACUGUCUUCGGACAAUGUCCAAGGUGAUGCAGGAGUGCUGGAAUCAUAAUCCAGCAGCCAGACUUACAGCGCUACGGGUCAAAAAAACACUUGGUAGGAUGAAAGAUGAAGACGAAGUCAAAGUGUAAAUUGUCAUUCUACAUUUGUAAAUAAAUUACCUCUAUAUGAAAGGCUGAAUAAUCAAUCAAUGGACAGUGUGAAUCAGCCAAUCAAAAUGCUGCUUUUUUGCAGCCAUCUUGUCAAAUGCAUUCAACCAAUCAAAGUCAAAGCUAAAUAUUACAAUGUAUUCUGUGAGUUAGAGCAAUAUAUUGUGAAUUCUCACUGUAUCAUACUUUACACCCUUAUCAUUUGAAUGUGAAUUGAAGCGAUUCUUUCGCCCAAAGUGAAUUACACUUGAAACAAAAGUCAGAGAAACUCUUCACACACUGACUCCUUUGUGAUAUACCAUAUAAACUUUGAAUUAUGUGAAAACAAUCAUUUAAACUUUAACCCCCGUUUUGAUUAGCUACCUCAGAGAUAUUAUGAGAUUAUAUGGCUUUCAUAAUCUGUUAUUUUUUAUUGUCCAAGACAAAGUGUAUUAUUUUUAUCUAGAAAAUCUAAUUUUAUGGUUCAGAAAGGCGUAUCUACUUACACUAAUAUUUCACUAUAUCAGUUAUAAUUAUUUUAACUUUUGCAAAAAAAAAAAAAA